UUCAGUUGCUCUUGAUCCCUCUUACACGUCAGACGUCUUUAAAAAUAUUUUCUACCGUACAUUGACAAUUUUAAUAAUUGUAAAUUAUGUAUACUGAUUACGAUGAAAUUAAGUUGACAAAUGAUGAUUUACCUUUUGAGAACAUAUAUGACAAUGAUGACCCUUAUGUUCCGACCUACAAACCUGGUCCACCAAUCAGCAUCAACCAAAACGCCGUUCCUGCUACAGCUAAAACCAAAACACAAACUUCACAUAAAAUCCCCCCCUACCCACACUCGUCGUAUCAGAAAGAUGGUAAUCGUAUCUAUGAGUUUUCCCGUACAAAUGGCGACAGGGAAAAAAUGGAGUUGUGGAAGGAAGCCUAUGAUAUAAUCACCACCAAUCACAUGGUUACUGAGAAUGUCGAAAAAGAGAAAGUCAAAGGUUCUGUGCUUACAUUAAUACUCCCCUGUCUACACAGGAUCAACGGUCCUGUUGAUCCGGACACGGAUAUCAAGUGUCCUCAAUGUAAAAAACCUAUUCGCACGACCAAAGUGCUUCCUAACUUAUGAA